AUGUUUGGGAUGGUAGAUUUGCCUUAUCAGUCAUUUCAACUCGGGAUUGAAGAAGAGGACCCAGUCAAGUCUUUGAUUAACAAAAUGACUGCAAACAAUUCAGUUAUCAUUGCAGGUGAAGGUAUGAUUGGACGGGCUGCAUUUGCAGGCAGCCAUCAGUGGAUUCUCUUCAAUAGUUUCGCAAAAGAUGUAUAUCCACCAGAGUUCUACACUGAACUGCAUCACCAAUUUUCAGCUGGAAUACAGACAGUAGCAGUUAUUCCUGUACUUCCUCAUGGGGUUGUUCAACUUGGUUCCUACUUGCCUAUAAUUGAGAAUAUGGGAUUUGUGACUGAUGUAAAGAGAUUGAUCUUCCAAUUAGGAUCGGUUCCUGGUGCCCUUCUAUCUGAAUACUAUUCAGCAAAUCUUUCUACUGAACGACUUGCUGGACCUUCUAUAACUGGUGUGCCAGUGUCCAUUGACCCACCUGUCAUUACCUCAAAUUGCACUCCCUCAUUAACUAAUGGCUCCAAUCAGCAAAGUAAUUCAUCUCUUACUUCCAGGCCUUUUGUUCAAACGCCUUGCCCUUUAAAUGCAGAGACAAAUACCUGCCAGGGGUCUGCACUGACACCCCAAACCUGUAAACUUAACCAGAUAUCUAGCAACCAUUGCCAACCAACGGUUAUUCCAAUGAGUAAAACAAACAUCUAUGGUCAACAAGAGAAUAGGGUGAUGGAGGCUGAAGUGAUAACCUCAGAUCUUGAUUCCUGCCUGCAGCAACAUUCUGUUUCAUAUAAUGCAAGAUCUGUAUUCAAUAACAUGACUGGUUCUGGGUCUUUUGGUCAAUCUUGUCAAAAUGAUGAUAACCUAACAUUAAUGGAGCAAAAAAUCAUAUCAGCCAUUGGGAAUCAAGAUAAUGUUAAUCCAUGUUUAAGUGUGUCAAGAACCUUAAACAUACCUAAUCUAAAAAUAGAUGGAGGCCGCAUAUUUGGCCACGGUAUGAGGUCUAGCAGUGCUUCUUCUCUAGGAGGAAUCCCAACGCAUGCUGGGAUUAGUGCCCUUUUGAGGUCAAAUCUAAUUACUAGUUCUGGUUCAAAAUCUCCCAAAGCAUCCACGGCUGAUUUAUCUGGACUGGAAGUUGGGAUUGGGCUCCAAAAUUGUGAUUCUUCAACUAAAACUAGGGGUUGUUCUUUGGCUAAAUCGACUAGUCAAUCUGGCACUUUUCCCAUGCAUGCAGAACGUUCUAAUCAGAACAUCCUCCCUGUAGAUUUAAAGUGUGUUUCACAAAAUCAGAAGAUAGACUAUGAUUUGCUUCAGGUCCCUAACCUCCCCACUUUUCAUGUCGACGAACGAGUGCCCAUUAGUGGUCAAAUCCCUGGUUCUGCCCAUGAUUGCCUUAGUAAAGAUGGUACUAGUCAAUCUAUGAUGAUAAUGAAUUCUAAACUCAAACUAGAUUGUGCUAAACCUCCAUCAGGGGAUGAUCUGUUUGAUGUUUUAGGGGUGGAUUUCAAAAACAAAUUGCUGAACGGAAACUGGAAUAAACACUUUGCUGAUGAAUUUGAUGCAAAAACAGAACAUAUGGACAAAAAGUUAGCACCUAUGAAUAUGCAGGGGACAACUACAAAUCCUGAUAUUUAUUCAGUUAAAGAAGCAAUAUCAGACAGUGGCAUAUUCUCUGGAACGGGAACAGACCACCUCUUGGAUGCAGUGGUCUCCAAAGCCAAAUCUGUUGUAAAACAGGAUUCUGAUGACAUGUCUUGCAGGACAACAUUGACAAGGAAUAGUACUUCCUCUGUUCCCUCUCCUACUUGCAGAACGGUUAUGUCCAGUCAUUUCCAAGGGGGAUUGUUUGAUUUUCCUAAGAAUGGUAGUAAAACAGGUGCCACUGAGGCUAGUUUUCUUAGCUCCAGAGGUAACAAGGAAGAGGCUGGAAACUGUUCUCAAACUAGUUCUGUUUAUGGCUCUCAACUUAGUUCAUGGGUUGAGAAUAGUGGGAGUGUUAAACGCGAGAAUAGUGUUUCAACCGGAUACUCAAAGAGACCAGAUGAGGCUUGCAAACCAAAUCGCAAAAGGCUUAAACCAGGAGAGAAUCCUAGGCCUCGCCCGAAAGAUCGUCAAAUGAUUCAAGAUCGAGUGAAAGAAUUACGAGAAAUUGUGCCAAACGGAGCAAAAUGUAGCAUAGAUGCACUUUUGGAACGGACCAUUAAGCACAUGCUUUUCUUGCAAACUGUGACAAAGCAUGCUGAGAAGCUGAAACAAACAGGGGAGUCUAAGAUUAUCCAUAAGGAAGGUGGGCUGGUUUUGAAAGACAACUUUGAGGGAGGAGCUACAUGGGCAUAUGAAGUUGGCUCACAAUCAAUGGUUUGUCCUAUUGUAGUGGAGGACCUGAACCCUCCUCGACAGAUGCUAGUGGAGAUGCUUUGUGAGGAACGAGGUUUCUUUUUGGAAAUAGCCGACUUAAUCAGAGGAUUGGGUUUAACCAUAUUGAAAGGGGUAAUGGAAGCUCACAAUGACAAAAUCUGGGCACGCUUUGCUGUUGAGGCAAACAGGGACGUGACAAGGAUGGAAAUAUUCAUGUCACUCGUUCGUCUUUUGGAGCAAACGGUGAAAGGAAAUGCAUCUUCAUCCAAUGCUAUUGAUAACAUCUAUCACACUUUUCCACAGGCUACUCAGAUACCAGCAACUGGAAGGCCUAGUAGUUUGCAAUGA